UUACUUGGCUAGAGGGCGUGUGUGUGAAAGGUUGAAUACAUUGUGUGCGAGUGAAUUUUAGCAUUAUUUAGCAUACAGCGAAUAAUUUAGAGAGUACAUGUUAGAUAAAAGUAGAGUUUAGUAUAAAAGAAACAGUGGUAAAUGAAGGGAAGUAUGGAAGUUCAGUAGAAAUAUUGUUUUUCUAAAGGAGAAGAGAAGCGACAAAAGAUAGAGCAUACUCCAUUAUACUUCUUAUCUAUACCUCUACCAGAUAACCGAGUAUAUAAGACUGCUCUUUUAAAUAAGAAGUACGCCACUUUGCAAGACAUAGAAGAGUUGUGCAAUUAAACUUGAAAACUAUGAAGCCGAAAGAUUACGUUUUAUUUAACCAGUUGCAAAAAUGCGAAGUAUCAAAUUUAACAGACGAGUUUGAAGAAGAAUUAAUACAAAUGUCUGGAAAAUGUAUGGACGUCGGUUGUGGUCCCGGAGAUAUAACAAAAGAUAUUCUCUUGCGAGCUUUAAAUCCAAAUGCGGUAAUAAUAGGUACUGAUAUCUCAAAGGAUAUGAUUGAGUAUGCGAAGAAAAAUAACAGUAACGAAAGACUUAAAUUCGAAGUAUUAGAUAUCCAAACUAAAAAUUUGCCUGAAAAAUAUAUUUCUGGAUUUGAUCAUAUAUUUUCAUUUCAUGCUUUAAAUUGGUGUUAUGACAUUCGACAAGCGUUUGAGAAUAUUUAUCAUAUGAUUCGACCUGAUGGGAAUAUACUUAUGAAUUUGGUAGCAUCUCAUGAUAUAUAUAAUAUCAUAAAUAUUUUGGCUCGAGACAUUCGUUUUGCACCAUACAUACAAGAUAUCAGAAAUUAUGUUUCGCCAUUUAAUGAUUCAUGCUGCCCUCGUAAAGAACUGAGGAAAAUACUUAAAAGUAUCGGAUUUGAGGUUUUCCAUUGCAGUCUUCGUGAAACAACAUAUUCUUCUAAAGAUUUCAACAAUUUUAUUUCCUCGAUAAUAUCUAUCUAUCCAUUCUUUGACAAAAUGCCACGGGAUGUGCAAGAAGAAUUCAAGAACGAAUAUAUACGUAAAUUUGUGGAAAGGAAGUGUACUUAUAAAACAAUACAGAACAAUCAAAAACAAACGAUUAUGUUAGAUCUAUACAAACUCUUAAUAGUUUAUGCACGAAAAAAUGUAUAAUAUCAGCAUUGCAUCCUUAAAUCAACAAAUAAAAUUAAGCUUAAGAAAUACGAGGUAUAAAAAAAAACAGGAGAUUAAAAUUAAAUACAUUCAUUAAGAAUUGAAAAAUAAGAGCAAUCAAGAAGUUCCGUUAUCAUUCUGUAAAUUAAUAUCGUUUUUUUGCUAUUGCAUUUAUGGCAUAUACUAUUGAAUUACAUAGCCCUACAUUCAUGAAAAUAUUAUAAAAAAAGCAAAUUAUUUCCAAUAUUUUAAUCAAUGGCUUUAUAUAGUAGUAUCUUUUUUCUUUUAAAUCAAUUUUUAUUUGUUAAUGUGCAUUUUAUUCGCCAAAAUAUACUAGUUAGAAGUUAAUUUUCAACAUCUUAAAUUUGCGUUAUUUGAAAAAUCAUUAUGUUUUUAACUUGGCUUCGUUUUUGUUUUUGAAAUAACACAUCAGAUUGUCAUGAAGAUGAGACAUAUUCGUAUGCAGUGGAGGGUGGCAUUUUAAUAGCUUUGAUUUGAAAUGUAAUAAUAUUAUAAAUUUGAAAUGUAAUAAUAUUAUAAAUUUGAAAUGUAAUAAUAUUAUAAACUACCAAAUAAAUGUUAUAAACUAAUGGUAAUAAUAAAAAUGGUAUAAACAAA